UGUGUGUCGUUGGGUGGAGGCUCGGAGGUCGCGUCUGGGGUAAUGGACCAGCAGAGAAGAUGGCGUUCUGUUACCCCUGGCAUAUGCGUGGGGAACGGCUUGGCUGUCAUUGAUGAUGCUGCUGCCCGUGAAUCUCUCGACUAUGUAUGGCCACGUUUCGGCGCCUGGUGGUCGGCAUGAACGCGCCUUGAUACAUGGAAUUGGACAAUGGUCAACCCAGGAUCUCAAUGUCCUCAAAAACCUACCUAUAUGGAAGAGUUC